AUGGGCGAGAACGGCGCCGCCAAGAACCACCAGAGCUUGGGAGCUUACCCUCCCUUCGACGUCUCCAUCAACUUGGGCCAGAACCAAACCCUGGGAGGCUCCAAAUGCUACGACGACGACGGCCGCCUCAAGAGAACUGGUGAGAGAAUCUAUUCCUCCGUCUCUUUUUCCGAUGUCAUCGAUCCUUCUCUUCGGCCAUGGUGGCGAUGUUCUGAUUUGAUCUUCUUCUACGGCACAGGGAAUGUGUGGACGGCGAGCGCACAUAUCAUCACGGCGGUGAUCGGGUCCGGGGUGCUUUCCCUGGCAUGGGCCAUCGCCCAGCUCGGCUGGGUCGCUGGCCCCGUUGUCAUGUUCUUGUUCUCCUUCGUCAUAUACUAUACCUCGUCGCUCCUCGCCGACUGCUACAGGUCCGGCGACCCUGUCACCGGCAAGAGGAACUACACCUACAUGGACGCCGUCCGGGCCAAUCUCGGUCAGUGUGCUCUUCUGCAUUAUGGAUACAGAUUCUGGAAACAAGGAAGAUGAAUGAUCAGAAACAUGGAGAUGACAAAAUUAAACCUUUAUAUUUUUUUAUAGGUGGAGUGAAGGUGAAGAUCUGCGGCUUCAUUCAGUAUCUCAACCUUUUUGGAGUGGCCGUUGGGUACACUAUUGCUGCUUCCAUUAGCAUGCUGUAAGUAGGCUCUCUGGUUUUCAGCAGGAAUUCGCGCUUCUAUUCCACGUGAGUUCUGUAUGUUUUGGACGCUCAACGACGUUCUGGUUUGCUACUGAGCAGGGCAAUCAGGAGGGCGAACUGCUUCCACGAGAAGGGGCACAGGAACCCCUGCCACUCGUCGAGCACCCCCUACAUGAUCAUCUUUGGCAUCACAGAGAUCGUGUUCUCACAGAUCCCCGAUUUCGACCAGAUCUGGUGGCUCUCCAUCGUCGCCGCCGUCAUGUCCUUCACCUACUCCUCCAUCGGCCUCACCCUCGGCAUAGUACAGACCGUGGGUAAGUUUCCGAUCAUCAGUCCGGCGACCCUCGUGGCCUCCUUCCACUGUUCUAAUGGCUUCCUUCGCUGUGGUUCAGCCAACGGAGGAUUCAAGGGCAGCCUCACCGGAAUCAGCAUUGGAACCGUCACACAGACCCAGAAGAUCUGGCGGAGCUUUCAGGCGUUCGGAGACAUCGCCUUUGCCUACUCAUACUCCAUAAUCCUCAUCGAGAUACAGGUAAAAAAAAAAACGGCAAACACUGGCACCAGUCACCGAUUAUCGGUAUAGCAGAAUGUAGCAGUUUUUAAUCAGACUGUCUACGGCGUGCUGCUCCUGCAGGACACCAUAAAAGCCCCGCCUUCAGAAGCCAAGACGAUGAAGAAGGCGACGCUACUGAGCGUGGCGGUGACGACGGCCUUCUACAUACUGUGUGGUUGCAUGGGUUACGCCGCCUUCGGCGACGCGGCCCCAGGGAACCUCCUCACCGGCUUCGGCUUCUACAACCCUUUCUGGUUGCUGGACAUCGCCAACGCGGCCAUCGUGAUCCACCUGGUCGGCGCCUACCAGGUCUACUGCCAGCCACUCUUCGCCUUCGUCGAGAAAUGGGCCCUCGAGAGAUGGCCCGAGUCGGACUUCAUCGCCAAGGAGUACCGUAUCCGGCUGCUCCCGGGGACCUCGCGGAGGUGCUUCUAUGGGGUCAACCUCUUCCGCCUGGUGUGGCGGACGGCCUUCGUCGUGGUCACCACCAUCAUCUCCAUGCUCCUUCCCUUCUUCAACGACGUGGUCGGCUUCCUCGGGGCGCUGGGCUUCUGGCCGUUGACCGUCUACUUCCCCGUGGAGAUGUACAUCAGCCAGAAGAAGAUCCCCAAGUGGAGCACCACCUGGGUCUGCCUGCAGACGCUGAGCAUCGCCUGCCUCGUCAUCUCCGUCGCCGCCGCCGCCGGCUCCAUCGCCGGCGUCGUCCUCGACCUGAAAGUCUAUCGACCCUUCAAGACCGAGUACUGA